AUGCAACUUCAUGACUUAGGGGAUGGUAAAGCUACCUUUGACAAACCUUUGGCAAAAUUAAAAAUUAUAAUUAAGAUGAAUUUCGAAGGCGUGGAAGUCGAUUUGUUGUUCUCACGUUUAGACCUCGAAACCAUUCCCGAUGAUAUUAAUUUGCAAAACGACAAGUUGUUGCGGUAUCUGGAUCCGAAAUCGUUGCGAAGUUUGAAUGGUCGGCGCGUUACGGAGAAGAUACUGAAGCUAGUUCCUAACGUAGAUACAUUUCGCUCGACACUAAGAGCGGUAAAACUUUGGGCUAAAAAUCGUGGAAUUUAUUCAAAUUCCGUUGGCUAUUUUGGAGGAGUGACGUGGGCUAUGUUAGUGGCUCGAGUUUGUCAAUUAUAUCCAAACGCUGCACCUGCCACCAUUAUACAAAAAUUCUUUCUGAUUUUUUCCAUGUGGAAGUGGCCGCUGCCGGUGUUGCUCACACCAGUAGACGACGCAGAUUUGGGUCAUCCGGUCUGGGAUCCUCGGAUAAAUUUGUCUGACCGUUCUCACCUGAUGCCAAUUAUAACACCAUCAUAUCCACAGCAGAAUUCUACGUUUAACGUCACCGAAUCUACCAGAAAGGUUAUUGUGGACGAGCUUGAACGGGGCAAGAGGAUAUCAUUGAAGAUAAUGCAAGAGAAAGCGACAUGGGACCAAUUGUUAGAGCCUCCCCGGUUCUUUUAUAAGUAUCGGCAUUUCAUUAUGUUGUUAGCAAACUCAAGUACAGCGGAAGACCAUUUAAAAUGGUGUGGAUUCGUUGAAGCGAAAGUGCGCUUAUUAGUGGGCAACCUAGAUCGUAGCCCCCAAGUAUCUUUGGCCCAUGUUCAUCCAAAAUGUUUCGAUAUGUACCGACAUAAAGGUAAUUCUAUGACAUCUUUUUGUUCAAUGUGGUUUAUUGGACUUGGAAUUGCAGCCGUUGGGACUUCGACCGUGAACUUAUCAGACAGCAUUCAAGGAUUUGUUCAGCAAGUUCACUCACAAGCUGAGAAAAUGAUAAAAAUGGGAAUGACAAUUGAAGCUCGGUAUGUGAAACGGAAAGAAUUGAAUCAAUAUCUGGAUCCUGAAAUAUUGAAACGUGAGAGGCAAAGUACAGAGCAACAGACAGUGCCUUUGAAACGAAAGUCCAACGAAAUAUCUACCCAACUGUCGAAAAAGAGUCGUACCGCUGGGAUUACUUGCAUAAAUUAA